GUCGCCUUCGGCUUUCUCCUCCUCUUCCCUCCCCCUACUUGCUUUACGGCCGUCUUGGGCGACGCUCCUCCUUUUCCUCUCCUCGCUAAGAUGGCGGUGGCCGGGACUCUCUACACUUACCCCGAGAACUGGCGGGCGUUCAAAGCCCUCAUCGCUGCUCAAUACAGCGGGGCCAAGAUCAAAGUCCUCUCCACGCCACCCCAGUUCCACUUCGGGCAGACCAACAAGACUCCCGAAUUUCUGAAAAAAUUCCCAGUUGGAAAGGUCCCAGCCUUUGAAGGAGAUGAUGGAUUUUGCAUAUUCGAGAGCAACGCCAUCGCACACUACGUCAGCAACGAGGAACUACGAGGCAGAACUCAAGAGGCAGCUUCCCAAGUCCUUCAGUGGGUGAGCUUUGCUGACAGCGACAUUGUGCCCCCAGCCAGCACCUGGGUCUUCCCCACCCUUGGCAUCAUGCAAUAUAACAAGCAGGCUACGGAGUAUGCCAAGGAGGAAGUGAAACGGAUCUUGAGCCUGCUUGAUUCUCACCUGAAGACUCGCACGUUUUUGGUCGGGGAGCGUAUCACGCUGGCGGAUAUCACAGUGGUCUGCACUCUGCUCUGGCUUUACAAGCAGGUGCUGGAGCCCCCCUUCCGCCAGCCGUACGAAAAUGUGACCCGUUGGUUUGUGACCUGCGUCAACCAGCCGCAGUUCAAAGCCGUCCUGGGGGACUUGAAGCUGUGUGAGAAGAUGGCGCAAUUUGACGCCAGGAAGUUUGCAGAGAACCAACCCAAGAAGGAAUCCUCCAAGAAGGAGAAAACGCCAAAGGAGGAGAAGAAAGCGGAGAAGAAAGAAGAGAAGAAGCCAGAGCCAGAGGAGGAAUUAGACGAGUGUGAGCAGGCCUUGGCAGCCGAGCCCAAAUCCAAAGAUCCUUUUGCUCACCUGCCCAAAAGCCCCUUCAUCCUGGACGAAUUUAAGCGGAAGUAUUCCAACGAAGACACCUUGAAGGUGGCCCUGCCUCACUUCUGGGAGCACUUCGACAAAGACGGUUGGUCCAUCUGGUACGGCGAGUACCGCUUCCCGGAGGAGCUGGCCCAGACUUUCAUGAGCUGCAACCUUAUCACUGGCAUGUUCCAACGUUUGGACAAACUGCGGAAGAACGCCUUCGCUUCCGUCAUCCUCUUUGGCACCACCAACAACAGCAGCAUCUCCGGCAUCUGGGUCUUCCGCGGACAGGAGCUCGCCUUCCCCCUGAGCCCUGACUGGCAGGUGGACUACGAAUCAUACACCUGGCGGAAGCUGGAGCCAGAGAGCGAGGAGUGCAAGACCAUGGUGAAGGAGUAUUUCGCUUGGGAAGGCGACUUCAAGCACGUCGGCAAAGCGUUCAACCAAGGCAAGGUCUUCAAAUGAGGGGGCAGGACGCCGACACCACCCUCCUCCCCCUCCCCCAAAUACGGACACGAUGAGGGACAUCUCUCCGGAAGCGGCUACCACCGCCGCUGUUCAGGAAGACAAAAGAAAUUUAAAGAGAAGACCGACUCGGGCAGCAGGAGAGGCAGUGACAUUUUAAGCUGUGCAUUAAAAUCCUGAAUGCACUAGUUUA